GCGGAGGGCAAAUGCGAGACGGUGGAAGAAGGGAAGAAAGGGAUCAUCGGAUGGCACCGUUAGGGUAGGGGAAAUUGGAAAAGGCCGGCGAAGGCGGACCUGAGUUUGGGUGCAGAUCUAGCUCCUGCUCCUCGUCGAAAUACAUAUCCCCUCCUCUCUCGUCUCCGUCUCUAUACAGACUGACUGACUGACUGUAUGAUAUCAGUUCCAUCUAGAUUCUAGAAGACUCCCCCUCCAAUAUAUAUUGUUUCGUUUGUACACAACGACAGAAUCACAACCCCACCCCCUCUCGUUCCCUCUGCCAACCAAUUUCAAGAAAAUCAUCACCAUCAUCAUCAUCAUCAUCUUUCCCAAAGAUGUUCAAGUCCGCCCUCUUUGGUCGCAAGAAAACGGCAGCCGCGACGGCGCCGGGCGAUAAGCCUUUCGCCGACUUCUACAACGACUGGCUGGCCGCUCUCACCACCGCCCUCCUUCCCCAGCUCCGCCGCGUCCUCUCAUCCCUCUCCACAUCCCCCGCGCUCCUCUCCACCCACGUCGAAGUCAUGCACAACCACUUCCUAACCUACUACGAGGCCCUCGACCACGCCGCCGCCGCCGACGUCGCUCAGUGCCUCUACCCGGAGUGGCGCAAUUCCCUGGAGAAGCCCUUCCUAUGGCUGGGCGACCUCCACCCCUACCUAUUCACAAACCUCCUCCGAUCGUUCUUGGACGACCAAGAAGAAGACGAAGAAGAAGAGGAUGUAGAAGAAGCAGAAGCAGAAGGAGAGGAUAACAAUGAGAUGGUGGAUGAUCAGAAGGAAGAUCAAGAGGAGGAGGAGGUAGCCCAAGUCCAAGUCCAAGUCCAAGUCGAGCCUGCGUCGGAAAUAGAGGAGGAGGAAUACCUUGGAGGGUGGUGGGGCGUGGGAAAGACGUGGAGGAGCCCGGGAAAAGCCUUGACGAGUAGGGUGGAUCAGAUUGAGUGUGGACUGCGGCUGAUGGUCCCGGCCCUGGCGGCGCGGGCACGCGAGGCACAGGCGAAGCUGGUGACGAACGUGGGCCUGGAGUGGGGGGGGAGCAAGGAGGGGAUGAAGGCAGCGGUGGGGGAGGCGGUGGAGAGAGUGAUGGAGGAGCUGGCGGGCGUGGUGGUGGACGCCAACAGGCUGAGGAGGAGCGUGCUGGCGGACGUCUUGAGCGCCGCCACGGUGUAUCAAGCCGCCUCGUUUCUUGAAGCCCUCGCUCACUUCUUGGUUGGGUUCAGAGAGGAUGACCUCCUCAGGGAAUUCGAAGCCUGCGAUAAAUUCAUCAAUAAGUACUGAUAUUUGUAGUAGUAAUAGUAAUUCAUCUCCCCGAUCAUCAUCGACCGACUCGACUCGACUCGCUGGUUGUCAUAUCUCAGACAACGUGAAAUGGCUGGCAAUGGCGCUGCCGCCGCUAGCAUCUGGCCGCCUCGCCUCGCCUCUUGAUUGAUUUUGAUUUUGAUUUUGAUGGUAAAGUUCCGUGUUGAGAGAAAUACAGACUGACUGAGUGACUGACUGACUCACUUGUAUAUUGCAUUUUAUUAAUUCACUCAUUCAGCUGGAACAAGAUCGAACAAAGUAGUGCUCAUGUGCCUCUUGUAUUCUUUAUUAAAUAACGAACUCAUCCUUGGUUCCUUCUUACUGGAAACACUCCACUCUGUUAAGUAUUUACUGGAGUAUUAUUAUUAUUAUUAUUAUUAUUAGAGUAUAUAUGUGAAAAAUAUUUCUUCAUUCAACUAAGUUAGCACCAGACCAUAGUAGAGUAGCAGCAGCGAAAGAAGAGUUUGUAAAUUCUAAAACACUGCUUACCAUCAACGUGGCAUUUCAUUUGCAAACUGCAACUGCAGCUUAAUUCUAUUUAGUACACUCGGAUCGAUCCAGUUGUCUGGUCCUGUGUUGUGUGUGUUAUUUAUGAUUAUUGUUAUAACUAGUUGUGUUUACAUUGAUUUCAAUGUUACCACUACUGCUGACUGAC